ACUUUCCAAGUACAUACAUGUCCAGUUGAUGAAGAGUAAUGUUAAAUAUGAUUUGAAUUGAUCAAAUUAUGUGUAAUUUGUUACAUUCUGCUUGUAUACUGGCUGCAAUACACUUUUAAAAUAAUUAAUUUGGCCAUUUUUAACGUUGACCACUUAACAUUCUAAGGGUCUCUGCAUGGCUCUGGAACCUAUUAGGCUAAAAAUAAAAUUGGCAUAAAGCAAGUGUGCACAUGGGCAGCAGUUCACUCUCAUGAGCAAGCUGGCAAUCUUGACAACUGAUAAUCAUUCAAGUUUCUUUAUCAUAUAUACAAAACAGUCAUUUUGUCCACAGAGAUUAAUAUGCCUUUGUAGAUAUUAAUAGAUAUUUCUUUUAUUUCUCAUUAUUUUCUGAAAAGUCCUAGAUGGCAAUCAGAUUUCCUUCAGCAUCAGUGAUUAAGUGGUCGUGUGUUGAUGACCUGUACUCAGAGUACACACUCCAAAUCACAGGACCUCCACAUACUGACCGUGUUGACCUUUCUGUGUAACACCCUGAUGGGUACUGUAUCUAUUUGAUGACUCCCAUUUUCAUUCAGUCUGCUUGUAUAUAGAUAGAUAGAUAUUAACUUCUACAGUGCCCCAGUUUCUUCAUAUUUUAGAUUUACCCAAUACACUAGACAAAAGUAUAUAUUCUGGAAUCUUUUCCAUUACUGACUUUAAAUUACAAUUAUUAAGUCUAUCAUUUUGACAAGCACAUUGCAUUACCAAGUGCAUUUCUUCUGGUUUUCCUAUCUCCCAAAAAAUGUCUGCUAUGAUGAAUUGUGCCUUGGUGUGAUCCACUAGUGUCCCUUUUCCCCUGCUGUAUUCCUGCCUUGAAGGUAUGGACCCAUCAUGUCCCUGACUAGGAUACAGCGAUUACUAAAUAUAAAAUAGUGAAUUCAGAAUCCUGUGUUACAGAUGACCACACCGAUCUGCCAUCAGUGAUGGUGGCUGUGGGUUGGUCUUUCCUCAAGCAAAUUAGCUAAUGGAGUAAAUUCUGGAGAAGUACUCAGUCGUGUUCAAUUAAACAGCUGUCUCCUAAUGAGUUAUGUGCUGUAAAGCAGUCACACGACUGUGCAAUGGGAGAUCCGUGGACAUUGAAUACAACUUCUCCGUGUAGACUUGAGCAGUCUAAUGCACGAUUUGUCAUUUUUAAUUACUUUCUUCUCUGUUUUACAUUUAUUAUCGGGACUUCUGCUAAUCUGCUUGUGUGUUGGGUCGCUUUCCGAGCUAAAAGUCUGCGCACUGGCAGCAACGCGCUGAUAGUGAACCUGGCUGCUGGAGACUUGAUAAGAAGUUUUGCGGACUCUCCGGUGUUUUUGGCCCUAUUAGUUUUGAGAGAGAGGCGAGUGCAGAGCGGCGCGGUGCUGUGCCGCGUUCAGCAGCUCACAUAUUUACUGUGCAGCUGCGCUCAGUUACUCACUCUGGCGGCUAUCAGCGUGGAGAGAUUCCAGACCAUAGCCUUUCCGUUUAGCACCGAGAAAAGGAAAGGACGGAUUCGGAUCUGGAUCCUGAUUAUUUGGAUCUUUGCAGUUACAAUCGCUGUAUCCUCUCUGCUUUUGUCUUUCCCAUCAUGCCACCACUUAAACUCACCAAAAUUGCGCGCUUUGCAUGCGCCUUCUUUUGACGCCUAUGUUUUGAUUCUCAUCUGGACUUUAAGUGUCGUUUUGAUAGCCGUUAACUACUUGCGCAUCUUCAUUGUUGUGAAACAACAUUCUAAUAAGAUAUUUGACUCGGGAGUUCAUCCAAGUCUGUGUGUGGUGACCGGCGUCUCAAGCCGCCGGAUGCCCCAGUCAAGUGCACUAGAGCCGGUCAGAGUUGAUGGGACUUAUCCGUGCCCGGCCUCUGAGAUCGUCGGCGCUGUUUGUGUUCUCACAUUUAAAGCCAAAGCGCUGGGCAAGGCCAGAGUAGAGGGGAAGUUGGCCAAGAGGCUCGGCUACAUCAUCGCAAAUGUGGUCCUGUUUUGGAUGCCGCUGCUUCUCCUACUGACACUCAGACUGCUGGUGAAUUGCAACGAAUGCUGUAGCUGGUUAAUGUGGGAGCUGGAGACGUCGGCGACGGUGUUGACAUGUGUACCUGCUGCUGUAGACCCGCUCAUAUACACGCUGCUCCAUCGCCACUUCUACACAGAGUUCCGCAGACUCUUCUGCUCCAAUCUGAGGUGCUGAUAGCUGACUACCCAAUCAGGAGCCAGCUCUGUGAUGAAGAUAGGUCCCUGUUUGAUCUGCAUCAAAUAUCAUCUAUGAGAGUUUUAAUUGUCUGGUCUUGAAAUAGAAAUUUAUGAUUAGGCUUUUUUUAAUCUAGCAGAUUAAAAAAAAAUUAAUUAUAAAUUUAAUGUUUUCAUUAAUGGCAUAUGCAAACAAAAAAAAAAAAAAUCAGAGAUGAUAGUUUCUCUCUAAAAGAGCAUCCAUGUAUGUGCUCAAGAUCAUGUCAUUAAAACCAUUGUUUAACCAAUGUCAUUGAUAAUGUCUCUGUAUGACAGAAAUCUUACCAGCUCAUCACAGGUGCUUCUCUGAAAUUGUGCUUGUUAACAAACAAAUGACAUUUACUGAAUGCUUGGUGGCAACUGUUUAAUUUAGAAUUCCUGUUUAGAAAUGUACAGAAUCAUUAGAUUAUUUAAAUCUGAGCUUCAAGUCAGUCUUAAAACUUAUCAUAACUUGAAUGUUCGUUAUUUGUGACCAGAAGGCUAUGAGGUCAAAUCCCACACCUGCUGGUUGGGUCACUGCUGAGCCCUUGGAUUAUGUUUCACUUGUAAAUCCUGUUGGAUGAACAUGACUGAUGAAUUAAUAUAAAUAAUAUUAUUAAAUAUAAUAUAAAAAUAUGAUUAUAAAUGUACAAACAGCACUAAACACUAUUUGUUUUUUAUUACUGUAGGUUUAAAGUCCAUGUUGAAUAUAAUUUGAUAUUUAAAACAUUUUUUCUAAAUGAACAACUUUGUUUCUGAGCAGGGAUUUUUUGGGCUAGAGGUUUUAAAAUGCAAAGUAUACUCUGUUCUUAUGCUCUGAGACCACAGUUGUACAAAAACAAAAAACAAAAACAAAAUCCCUACAAACCCAAACUGUGCUAAAGUUAGUGAUCUUUUAUGUUCAGUCAAAUGCCCAUCUAGUAUUUAUUGUUUGAUUUAUAAUGGCAAACAAUAAUGAUCUGAAAAUGUACAGUACAUUGUUGUUUUGGGUCAUUUGGGCCAAUUUUCACUUCACUUACCGUUUAAUGAGAAAUAACAGGAAUGAACAGUUGACUUAAAAGAAAUGCAAGUAAUCUAAGUAAAUAAUAGAUUCUUAGUAAUUAAAACAGUAUGAAAAACAGUAAAACAGUAUGAGAUCUGUAAAUAUUUAUUUGUAAUAGGUUGUAUAGGUUGAUAUUAAUA